CAGCGGAGCCAUGACCGCCCUCGGUCCCGCUUCGGGGGUCCGCGCCGGCGGCUGGGGGCACGCGGGGCGCGCCGUGCGGGGACCGCCCCCGCCUCUGACCUUCCUCUUUGUGGUGUUGGUGGCGGCGCCCGGCACUCGCGCCGCGGGGUACGAGACAUGCCCCACGGUGCAGCCAGACAUGCUGAACGUUCACCUGCUGGCCCACACACAUGAUGACGUGGGCUGGAUCAAGACAGUGGACCAGUACUACUAUGGGGUUCAGAAUGAGCUCCACCAUGGGGCCGUGAAGAACAUCCUGGACUCGGUCAUUUCUGCCCUGCGGGCAGAGCCCAGCCGCAGGUUCGUCUACGUGGAGAUGGCCUUCUUCUCCCGUUGGUGGCACCAGCAGACGAACGCAACACAGCAAGCCGUGCAGGAGCUGGUGCGCCAGGGGCGCCUGGAGUUUGCCAACGGUGGCUGGGUGAUGAACGACGAGGCGGCCACCCACUAUGGCGCCAUCGUGGACCAGAUGACGCUGGGGCUGCGCUUCCUGCAGGACACGUUCGGCGACGACGGGCGCCCCCGUGUGGCCUGGCACAUCGACCCCUUUGGGCACUCUCGGGAACAGGCUUCGCUCUUUGCACAGAUGGGCUUUGAUGGCAUCUUCUUGGGGCGUGUGGAUUAUCAAGAUGAAGAGAUGCGGAAGAAGAAGCGGGAGAUGGAGAUGGUGUGGCGGGGCAGCGCCAGCCUACAGCCCCCGACUGCCGACCUCUUCACUGGUGUGCUCCCCAAUGUUUAUCAUCCGCCAAAGGGUCUGUGCUGGGAUCUACUGUGUUAUGACAAGCAUGUGGUGGAUGACCCUGCUGACCCUGCAUACAAUGCCAAGGAAUUGACUCGUUACUUCCUGGAUGUGGCCACUUACCAGCGCCGGUCCUACCGCACCAACCACACUGUGAUAACCAUGGGUGAUGACUUCCAUUAUGAGAACGCCGACAUGUGGUUCAGUAACCUUGACAAGCUCAUCCAGCUGGUCAACUCAGAGCAGGCAAACGGGAGCCGCGUCCACGUGCUCUACUCCACCCCAGCUUGUUACCUCUGGGAGCUGAACAAGGCCAACCUCACCUGGUCGCUGAAAGAGGACGACUUCUUUCCCUAUGCCAAUGGCCCCUACCAGUUCUGGACCGGCUACUUCUCCAGCCGGCCGGCCCUCAAGCGCUAUGAGCGCGUCAGCUACAACUUCCUGCAGGUGUGCAAGCAGCUGGAGGCGCUGGCGGGCCCUGCGGCCAACGUGGGCCCCUAUGGGUCAGGAGACAGCGCUCCCCUAGAGGAGGCCAUGGCGGUGCUGCAGCACCACGACGCCAUCACGGGCACCUCCCGCCAGCUCGUGGCUGAAGACUACGCACGCCGGCUGGCUGCCGGCUGGGGGCGCUGCGAGGUUCUCCUGAGCAACGCCCUGGCGCGGCUCAGCGGCUCCCAGGAGGCUUUCUCCAUCUGCCCGGAGCUCAACAUCAGCGUCUGCCCGCUCAGCCAGACGUCGGCGCGCUUCCAGGUCACCAUUUACAACCCCCUGGCCAGGAAGGUGGGCCGCAUGGUGCGGCUGCCGGUCAGUGCAGGCGCUUUCCUCGUGAAGGACCCCAGUGGCCAUGCUGUGCCCAGCGAUGUGCUGCUGCUGCCCCAAGCAGAGGGCCAGAAGCCCAGCCCAGAGCUGCUGUUCUCCGCCUCGGUGCCAGCCUUGGGCUUCAGCAUCUACUCCGUAGCCCGAGUCUCUCUCCAGAAUCCCAAGGCCCACAGCCCCGAACCCAUCCUCCAGAAGUCCAGGGCUGGUGUCUUGGUUAUCCAAAACGAGUACAUCCGGGCUACAUUCAGCAUCAAGACAGGUUUCUUGAUGCAGAUUGAAGACAUGGAGCAGAAACUUGUGCUCCCCGUGAGCCAGUCAUUUUUCUGGUAUAAUGCUAACCCAUGGGACUUGGAAAACAUUGAUGUCUCUGGUGUCUCUGGUGCCUACAUCUUUAGACCCAGCCAACUGGAACCAUCCCCAAUGAGCAGCUGGGCUGAGAUCCACCUGCUGAAGACGCCCUUGGUGCAGGAGGUGCACCAGAACUUCUCAGCCUGGUGUUCCCAGGUGGUUCGCCUGUACCGCGGACAGCGCCACCUGGAGCUGGAGUGGACCGUGGGGCCGAUACCUCUGCAUGACAGUUUUGGGAAGGAAGUGAUCAGUCGCUUCGACACACCGCUGGACACCAAGGGCUACUUCUACACGGACAGCAAUGGCCGGGAGAUCCUGAAGAGGAGGAGGAAUUAUCGGCCCACCUGGAACUUGACCCAGACAGAGCCAGUGGCGGGGAACUACUAUCCAGUCAACACUCGAAUUUACAUCACGGACGGGAAGAAGCAGCUGACGGUGCUGACAGAUCGCUCACAGGGGGGCAGCAGCCUGCAGGACGGCUCCCUGGAGCUCAUGGUGCACCGAAAGCUGCUGCUUGAUGAUAAGCAUGGACUGGGGGAGCCGCUGCUGGAGGAGGGCUCGGGGUCGUGGGUGCGAGGGCGCCACCUUGUACUGCUGGACGUGGUGGGCAAGGCGGCCGUGGGGCACCGGCUACUGGCACAGAAGGAGGUCCUGGCCCCACAAGUGGUGUUGGCCCCGGUUACAGGCACCCCCUACCACCCAGGAGCCGCCCAACGCACACAGUUCUCAGGGCUGCACCGGGAGCUCCCGCCCUCCGUGCACCUGCUCACCCUGGCCCGCUGGGGCCCAGAGACGCUGCUGCUGCGCUUGGAGCACCAGUUCGCCAGCGGGGAGGACUCAGGCCACAACUUGAGCUCCCCCGUGACCUUGAAUUUGCUGGACCUGUUUUCCACCUUCACCAUCACCCGCCUGCAGGAGACCACACUGGCGGCCAACCAGCCCCGGGCCAGCGCCUCCAGGCUCAAGUGGACAUCAAACUCUGGCCCCAUAAGGAACCCCCCUGUGCACCGUCCUGACCCGGCUGCCAUCACUCUGCAGCCCAUGGAGAUCCGCACUUUUGUAGCUGUGGUUGAAUGGAAAAGGAUGCCGGGGCCCUCGGGGACACCCCCCUCAAAGCCUGAACUCUUCCCUCUUCUCUUUGCCACUGCGGCUUCUGCCACCACCCACUAACACGAUUAAAAUGGCGUCACCAAGGGUCGGGUCUCCGUUGGCCUGGUUGUGGCACCUUU